AUGACCUCAAACACUGUUCUAUUUGGUGCAUUGGUGGCUAUUGCAGCUCUUUUACUGUUUUCCAGACUUUUCUCAACAAAAAAAUCGGUACCGGUGUUAGCGAAGAACGAAUUUCGUGAGUUCCCAUUGAUCUCCAAGACCGUUCUGACCCACAAUACUGCUGUCUACAGAUUCGGCCUUCCAAAACAUACCGAUGUUUUGGGUCUGCCCAUUGGACAGCACAUUUCAAUCCAAGGAUUUUUGAAAGAUGGCAAGGAGAUCAUGAGAUCGUACACGCCCACGUCGCUGGAUUCGGACUCAGUGGGUUUCUUCGAGCUUUUGAUUAAAUCGUAUGAGCUAGGAAAUGUUUCUAAGAUGAUUGGAGAGCUCGAAAUUGGUGAUAAGAUCAAGAUUCGUGGUCCUAAGGGCUUCUACACAUACACCCCUAACAUGAACACCGAAAUCGGCAUGAUCGCGGGCGGUACCGGUAUCGCCCCAAUGUACCAAGUUGUCAAGUCCAUUCAUUCUGAUCCUAAAGACCACACAAAGGUGUCAAUUGUAUACGGUAGUCAGACUGAAGACGACAUUUUGUUAAAGAAAGAGCUAGACAGCAUUGUGGAAUCUAACCCUGAUCAGUUCAAAAUUCACUAUCUUCUAGACAAACCUACCAGAGACACUUGGACUGGCGGUGUGGGCUACGUCACCGCAGAUGUUAUCAAACAGCACUUGCCAGCUCCAAAGGAAGGUACACAAAUUUUGGUUUGUGGUCCUCCAGGCAUGGUUUCCGCUAUUAAGAAAAACGCUGUCAGUCUCGGUUUCGAAAAGCCCAAACCUAUCUCGAAAAUGGGUGAUCAGGUAUUUGUGUUUUAA